CUGGGGUGUGAUUAACCUAAUAAGCUUAAAGCGCCUCUUGCCAUCCACAUCUGUCAGGACAUGAGCAAAACAAGUUCAUAAUCCCUGAGACUGGGCCCCUCGGAACUGUCUGGAUGCUCAGUAGCAUCGAAACUUAGGGCAACAGGCAUGUCUUUCUCUUCAUUGUGGCCUGGGCUCCAAGUCUAGGAGUUUGUACGGUGGACUCCCAGUCUGGUCUGGGGUCGUCCAGAUGGAUCAUCCAGAGAGCUCUCUGUUACCAGUUCCAAGGGUUCUCCAAAGACUGUGGAGGUAGAAGACGGUGACAAGCUGAAACCAUGGGGUGCACGCCAUCACACAACGUCAUCGUCAACAGCGUUGCCAAGAGUGGCAUUCAGUUUUUUAAGAAGCCGAAAGCAAUUUUGCCAGGAAGUCAGUGGGGCAGCCCAAAAUGCCCCAUCCCUUUGCUGGUUCAAAGUUCCACCUUCUGUGACCCUGGUGGCGAGCUGCACCUGGGAGAGAGGCUGGCAGAGGAGACGGCGGCAAGUUCCAAGAAGCUGCAGGCCAUGGCUGAAGGUGUUCAUCAGCUCCCAAAAGCUAUGGAAGGUCUGAUUCCAGAAAGCCAAAUCCUCCAGGUAAACAAACCCCAAAGCCACGGGGCUAUGGACAUUUCAUUCAGGACAGAAGGCUCCCACAGGACACAGGAAGUAGAUUUCUCUGGGGAAGAGAGUAAGGAGAACACUCCCCACGAGACCUCCAAGGGGGACAGAGAGCCAAUGUGCCAUCAACCAGACAGCCAGGACCACUGCUGCCAAUCGGCUCCUGAGUCAAAGGGCCAAGUGGACUUCCCUGAGCCCCUGGUAAAGGCCCACCAGCAUGCUUAUGCCUACCUGCACACCAGCCUUUCCAGAUAUGAAGCCAUUGUGCGCCUCGUCCAGCAAGCCAGCCAGACCUGGGGGUUGCUGCGGCCCAUGCUCAGCUUCCUGCUGCUGUGCUUCGAGGAGGCCGGCCAGCUUCUGGGCGAGAUCUCUAAAGAUGGAGACGCGCUCCUCCAGAAAGUUCGAGGGGAUCUGGUGUGGCCAGUGAGGAAAGGCGAGACCUGGGAACAACACCCAGACCUCCUGCAACAGCUGCUGCAGUACACAGUCAGCAAGCUGCGGGCGCUCCAUGGCACAGUGGCUGCCCUCACUGGGAGCUUCCUGGAGGGCUCCAGCAGCUGCCUCAGAUCCACCGCCGGCCACCUGGAGGGUAAACUGAGCACCAAGAGAGGUAUCGAUGAAUGUCUCCUCAGGGCCCUGGGACAGCUAGAGAGCCUGACCAGCGGCCACGGUGACUCAGGGCUGCUGGGUCCACCCUUAUGCUCUGAGGACAGUGGCAUCGGUGCUGACAAUGAGUCUGUGCACUCCCUGGAGAAGCUGGGCAAGCAAGCCAGCUGGGACUUGGCCGCAGAACUUGGAGACUGGAAGCCAGGAGCUGCAGCCCACGUGGAGGCCAGGCCGUCAGGGCAUGCCUGGCAGAAAGGACCAUACUGGACAGGUUCAGACAGACCCCAGGACUGUCCACUGUCGAGUCCUAGGAUAGCAAAGGUUCAACCCGCAGUGCAAGAUGAAGCCAGGAGCUUGGGCACUUCCGGCGCAGGUCCAGAAGCAGUCACCUCCGGGCCUUCAGAGGCUGCCAAAAGCCUUCCAUGGGACUCCCUGGGGGCUGAGAUCCCUGUGCGGAUACCACUUUCUCGAUGCUCUGGGUUGGCAGAUGCUCCAUCCCUGAGUGAAGAGGAGGGCAGCAGCCCAGAGGAGGAAGAUGAACUUAGCGGCACAGACCUGCAUCCGGAGCUACAGAAAGUUCUACCUUCAAGACCACGGUCCUCACCUGACCUGCGGGAAAGCCUGUUUCAGCCGUACUCCAAGGAUCUUAGGAACCCCCAGGCCCAGGAAAUGAUUCUGAAGAUGAAAGAAGCCAUCAGCGAGAGGAUCAAGUUUGUCCCCGAGCCUUCCAGACCUCAGGACUGGGCUGAGGAGGAGGAAGGGGGGACAGUGGUCCCUCCGAGACCCAGGUCAGUCAGUGGCAGCAGGAGGGCCCCUGAGAGACAAAGGAGGUCGCAAUCAGAGGGAAGCCUGAAGAGCCACGUUGAAGACCCCACCCUCCAGGAGCUGAGGAGGGUCCAGACAGACCUCAGUCGGAGGCUGGAGGUAUUUUAUGCCCUGGGGGCCACACGGCAGGGGCAGAGCCGGGAACAAUGUCUGCCGCCCAGGGCAUCAAUGCUAUGGCCCCUCACCAACUGCAGGGUGAGUCCCAGUAGUGCCAUCAGCAAGUUCAAGGCCUCUCUGACCCAAAACUUCAGCAUUUUGCCCAAUCAGGACAAGAGCAUCUUCCAAAAAGGUAGUCCCUGCUUUGACAGUGACCAGCCUGGCCAGGGGAAGGCUGAAAAGCUGCCAAAUGCCAUCUUUUGUGGCAAGAACAGUAGGGCUCCCAGGGACAAUGAACGAGACAUCAGGGCCUGUCCCACCAGACCAUCGGUCAAGAAGCUUAUUGAGACGUUCAGUCCUACUGAGAGUCUGAGGAUGCCAAAGAACUGUAGGAACUUGGGGUCAAGCCCCUGCCUCAGGAAAUGGGGGGUUCCUGCCAUGCCUCCCAGAUUUCCUAUUUACAGGGGGCUAGCCCCCCUGUAUCCUAAGCCCCAGAUUUCUCCAGCAGCAGGCUGGAGGCCUUCUGCACCCUUUCCCUCCCUUUCUCCAGCUGAAGCGUCUGAGAGUGAAGACAUUAGCAAUGAUGCAGAGGAGGACCUAGAGAACCUCCCUCCACCACCUCCGGAAGUCCUGAUGGACAAAUCAUUCACCACUCUGGAAUGUCCAGAAGGUAACCAGCCAGCAGGGAGCUCCCUGGGAGAGACCCUGUUCCCAGAUCUUCAAGAGGCUAGCCACCCAAAAAGAACAUGGGCUUCCCCCAAGUUGAAAGCCUCCAUGAGCCCCAUGGACCUGCUCCCCAGCAAAGGCAAUGGCAGCUCCCCGAGACUACACAGCACCAGGCCGGGGAACACCAGGAAUACGGGCAACUCCAGAAAGUUGACCUUGGACCUGAACUCUCAGCAAACAACUAGCCCAAACCCAGAGGCAGAGAGCGGGGCUCAGAUUCAGGCCCAAGCAGAGACUAUGGCAGGCUUCUCCAAGCUACACCAGAAGGCGAUUCCCUGGCACCACACCAACCCUACACCUGGGCAAAGCAGGACGUUGGAGCCCAGCCUGGCCAGAUGUUCACGAGACCCACACCCUCCAGAAGCGUCCAGGAAGGGUCCAGAGAGAAGUCCUCCAAGAGUCAGAAAGGUCUCUCCCCAAAGAGUACAGUGGGCGUCCCAAGGGGACAGGAGGCUGCAGAACCUGCCCUCCGCUCAUGGACCAUCCCAGCCGGUCCUCCCUGCUGUCCUCAGCUCCCCCAGUCCUCCUCUGAGUCCCAGGACUCUGAGCCCACCAGCCACAAGGAAAACCACUUCCCCGCCAUGCCACCCGCCGCAGUCCAACCCAGCCUCAGGGAGCCCUCCUGUUCAACGGACAGAAACAAACACUCCCUCCUCUGCCUCCUCUUCAUCCCCCUCAGUGUCUCCGUCGCGGGGAUCCAAGGACUCAAGUCAUUCUGAAGACAGUGAGGCUACCGCAGCCAAAGCAUCCAGGAACACGCGUUCCAUAUUCUUCCCAGCCGCCACUUCUCUCUUUGAAGCUAAAUCUUCAUCCUCCUCAUCCCAUCCACAGACGCUGCCAGAUCCUGGGGGCCUUUUGAGGACCCCAACAGGAGGCUGGAGGGGCAGCUCAGGGCAGCGACUGAGGGCAGACUCACAGAAGAGAACGGUUCUGAAUGCCUUCAAUCCCCUGCCUUUUGUCAGAAGGACAGCUUCAGACCGCCAGCGCCAGCAGGGUGACCCGCUUCAGCUGCCUCGCUCAGACUGGGAAUUCCGUCCCUGUCCCUGCCAAAACAGCAGCAGCAGCAGCAGCAGCAGUGAGGAGAACCCCAAGCAAGAACUCCCACCUUGGAACAACUCCCGCGUCCCAGAAUUGCAGGGUAGUAGCACCAAGUGGGCAUCUCCUUUGGAGCUCUGUGUGCUGGGCCAUGGGCUGCAGCCAGAAGCCCGAAUGAGCCGCAGCCAGGACAGAUCCCAGCUAGAGUCACAGCCCCAGCACAAGGAACUAUCUUGACGAGUGGCCAGUGGGGUCACCCUAGAACACAUGAAGUACUAGUGACAUGAUCACACUUCACCGUGGGUGGUAGGCAAACCAACUCACGCUGUGGUUGACUUGGAAGGAACCUUGAAGACACCCCACCGGAAGGGUUUUCAAAAAUCGUAUGCAACAGCUGGAUUCACUUCCAGAUCUUGCUUUGCCUUGGGUUUAAAUGUUAAUGGAAACUUUAGACGCCACAACGAUACCCUUUAUCUUUUCGAGUGUUGGCCUUAAUUAGAGGGAUAAUAUAUUCAUGCUUAGAGGGCCGUGUGUCUUACAAGAUAACCAUUGGUAAUCGUGCGUCAUUUAAACCACAACAAGGUGUGAAAUAGUGUCCUCCGGUUUUACAGAUAAGAAACCCAAAUGUGUCGGGGGAGGGGCUCCCCUCGAGUUGUGCUGAGGUUUCAGACAGAUGUGAGAAUGGAGCAAAACCAGGUCCAGAUGUGGGUGGCCUUAGACUCUGCAUUCUUCAUUAUGUUCCAUUGCCUUAGACUAUUCCAUCACUGUACCUGCCUGCAGCAUAAGCAUAAAGAGAAUGAAGAGAAGCCUUUUUCAUUUAAGGUUAAAUGGUACGAUGGCUAAGGUCUGGUCAUGUCUGCAAGGGAUUUCCUGGAUUGAGUUCAUCGAGAUAGGAAGACCUACCCCACUGUAACUGGCACCAUUCCAUGGAGGGGAGAGGGUCCUGAACUGCGGAAAGAGGAAGUCAGGUGGUCACCUUCAUUUCUUCCUGCUUCCUGAGUGAGGAUACAACGUGACCAGCAACCUCCAACUCCUGCCACAACCAUGAUGGACUGCAUCCCCCAACCCGAGAGCCAUAACAAACUGUUCCUCCCUCAAGCUGAUUUUGUCAGGAUACUGUGUCCCAUCAAGGAGAAGAGUAACUAGGACAAGUGCUAACGCAGUGUUGAAGUCUCAAUUAAAAGCUUUAUUUAGAAGCUAAUUGCUCCUGUCAUGAGAAAAUGAGGGGGGGUUAGAACAUCUGGCCCCUCCAAACCACCCCUGCACCCCCCUCCUCACACUUCCAGCUCCUCCUUGCAGCCCCUCCUCCCUCAGCCUCCGAGUGUAUCAAAUUCUCUGGCUGAGCUGAGCACUUGAAAGGCAUGGUGGAUUGAGUGAACACAAGCCCCCCAAAGAAAGAGGCCUGUUCUUUGCACCAGGUAGGGGCUGAAGCUCCAGAGGCGGGAAGGGUAGGAUGCAGGCUCGCAUGCCUGGCUCCCCAACGUUUCUCCUAGGUCAUCCGCAGAGAAGUUCUGCUGCAGCUGGAAGCAAAGCAAUGGAAGCACGGUUCAUGCCCCAAACCCCACUUCUGCCAAACAGCUAGAUACUUGCUGCGGAUCCUGGAAUUUUUCCAUUGGAAGCUGUGGAGUACUUUCUAUUUAGAAAAGAAUUUGCAGUAAUUGGGUGAUUCAAUGCCUGUUCAGUGGGUUGUCAAAAGACAAGAAUUCUCACCCACGGGUACAGCUAAGGAGGCCGAACUUAGCAGAUCUGCUGCAAAGCUGAUGUUUUAAGUUGAGAAGAUUAUAGACCUCUAAUUUUCUCCUCCUCCUCCUUCCCUUCCUCCUCCUUCCCCUCCUCUUCCUCCUCCUCUUCUUCCUUUUCCCCUCUUCCUCCUCCUCCUCCUCCUCCUCCUCUUCCUCUUCCUCCUUCUUCCUCUUCUUCUUCUUCUUGCUGUUGUUAAAAUAGAUUGUGGCCUUGAGCACAUGUUAUACUGGAUCUUGUUCUCUCCCCAGGGUGAGACUUGUAACCCUGACUACACGAAUCUCACAUGAAUUACCAUGCUAUUAAAAUGAGAGUGCCGGGGCUGAUUGAUCUCUUCAAUGACACCAGAGUUACCAUUAAUUAAA